GAAAAGGUAAAUGCUUCUCCAGCAAGAAAGCUCUCUCCAAAUUCUCCUCGCAUUUGGUAUAAAAGUCUCCCACAAUCUCUCACGCCACCUCCUCACACCACGCUUGUUUCUCUUGGUUCCGUUCUCCUCAUUAUGAUUGACCACAACCACCAUGGCGAUGUUCCCAUGCUCGAUCUCCCCUGCCUGAAGGCGCUGGCCGCCCUCGGUCGCGGCGCCAAGGGCGCCGUGUUUCUGGUGGAGGCGGAGGCGGGGGAGGAGCGUCUGGCUUUGAAAGCCGUUUCCAGGAAGCUUGUGGAGAGCAAAAGCAAAGACAAUGACAAGAAUGGUAGUAAUAAUGAUAAAGAGAGCGAUUACAGGAGAAUCUGCUUCGAACAAGAGGCUUUGAGGCGUUUUCGGCAUCCACUUCUGCCUAGGCUUCAUGGAAUUGUGUGUACCGACAGGAUCGUUGGAUACGCCAUUGAUUACUGUCCUGGACGUGAUCUCAAUCAGCUCAGGAAGAAACAGUCUGAGAAGAUGUUCUCUGAUGAUAUAAUUAGGUUUUAUGCUGCGGAAUUGGUGCUAGCAUUGGAGUAUUUGCAUGGAUUAGGGAUUGUUUACAGAGAUUUGAAGCCUGAGAAUGUUCUCAUCCAAGGAAACGGCCAUCUCAUGCUCGUCGACUUCGAUCUUUCAACGAAACUCUCCCCGAAAUCUCCCGAAAACCCACCUCCCAUCCUCAAGAAACCGGCUCAGAAACCUGCCAAGAAAACACGGCUUUCAUCAUUCCACCGACUCUGCAACUCCGGCAUCUCCUCCGAAAAGUCAGACCCAGCGUUGGAGUCGGAGCGGAACUCUGUACGGACAGAGUCGGACUCGUCGGCGAAGUCGAACUCGUUCGUAGGAACGGAGGAGUACGUGGCACCGGAGAUAAUCCUAGGCUCCGGCCACGACUUCGCCGUCGACUGGUGGAGUCUCGGGGUGAUGCUAUACGAGAUGCUCUACGGAACGACGCCGUUUAAGGGGUCGAACAGAAAGGAAACCUUUUACAGGAUUCUAGCGAAGGCGCCGGAGCUGGUGGGCGAAGCAACGCCGUUAAGGGACCUGAUAGCAAAGCUCUUGGAAAAGGACCCAAAGCAGAGAAUAAUACUGGAGGACAUCAAGGGCCACGAUUUCUUCAGAGGGAUCGAGUGGGACAUGGUGGUGGAAAUCGGACGGCCACCAUACAUUCCUGAGAAUGAGCACGUGGAAGGGGGAUUCCAGGUCCUUGAUAUCGAGUCGUUGGUACAGGAAGCAUUUAAAAUUGGAGACGGAGACGAUAACAAGAAAAAUUCAAAUAAUGAUAAUAAUAAUAAUAACAAGGAGGGAAGUGAGAAGAAAGGAGCGUGGGUUGAAGGGCUGAAUCAUAAGUCUGAAAUUAACGAUUUUUUAAUUUUUUAAUUUUUUAAAUUACCAUUUUUUUUUCCAAUUUUCCUCAUCAUUGGAAAACUAGAAAUAUAGUGAAAGGAUUAUGAUGCAUUAGGGAGUUAUUUGUUUUUUAUUUCUCA